CCAACAAAUACAACACCCAGAAGCUUAGCCAUUCGGAAAGUCAUUCAUUCGGCGAUCAAGCAGUCUAUUUGCAACGGUUGAACGAAUAGGUCGUGGCCAACAAGUGACGUAGACUCGCCGUCCGACCUCCCGAAAAUAGGCCCCGCCGGGCACAAUGCUGGUCAACGGUUGACACAAUUAUUAGAUUUGUCGUGAAAUCGUGUGUGAAUAUAAGAACGAUAGUGACCGAGGGGAAGUGAUCUAUUUUUGCGUGGUGGAUGCACAUCAGUUCUCCCAAAUAUCAUAGUCCAGUGGUGCGGCAGCUGCAAGUAUAACAAACGAGUACGAUGAAUGAUAGCAUUGGGACUGAGACAACGGCGGCAACGGCCGGAGCCGAAGAUGAACGAACGUUGAACGAGGACGAACGAAGGCCACGCGAUCGGGGUCUUUGGCGCGAUCUGGUGGCCUACUGGAUCCUGGGCCUGUGCAACAACUACGGCUACGUGGUGAUGUUGACGGCUGCUCACGAUAUUCUCAAAGAGCUGGAAGGCAGUGACGAUGAAGCAAAAUCGAUCAAUCUGUACAGUAUCUCUAAUUCAACAUUCCGGGCGGACGACAUCGAUUUUGCUGCUGACAAACGACCAUGUAACAAAAUAUCGACCGGAACCAUUCUCUUGGCGGACAUUCUUCCGGCUCUCUCGGUGAAACUGGUCGCCUCUUUUUUCCCACUCUGGAAACACGUCCGAGUGGCCAGUUGCGUUCUGUUGGCCGCUGCUGGAUUCUUCCUCGUAGCCUAUGCCGAUGUUGACUGGAUACUGUUCCUCGGCGUUAUUUGUACCUCGUUUGGAUCCGGUCUGGGAGAAGCUACGUUCCUCGCUUAUGCCAGUUAUUUCAACAAAAAUGUCAUCUCGACAUGGUCCUCGGGAACUGGUGGCGCCGGAGUGAUCGGUGCCCUGUCAUACACUGGCCUUACGGCGCUCGGCCUGUCACCGAAAGCCACCAUGCUGGUCAUGUUGGUCGUUCCCACAAUCGAAGCCAUCGCAUUCUGGCUGCUACUGCGGCACAAAGACACCAGCCAAACGCCACCGGAAGCGAACCCAGAGGACGAGAAGCCCCAACCGAUAGACUACAAUACUCUACCGGAGAACGAGCGCCCACUGCAGAACUGGAAGCAAAAGAUCAACUACAUUCCGUCGCUGUUCAUCUACAUGAUUCCGCUGAUUUUGGUGUAUCUGUUCGAGUAUUUCAUCAAUCAAGGGCUGUUCGAACUGGUGUAUUUCCCGGGCAUCUUCCUCGACCAGUCGGAGCAGUACCGCUGGUAUCAGGUGCUGUACCAGGUUGGCGUCUUCAUUUCCCGCUCAUCCGUCAACUUGGUCCAAUUCAAGCAAGUGUGGGUCAUGGCCAUACUGCAGUUCAUAAACGUAGUCUAUUUUACGUUCGAAGCCGUGUACAUGUUCACGCCGUCCAUCUGGAUAAUCUUCGUUCUAAUUCUGUGGGAGGGUCUCCUCGGCGGCGGAGGCUACGUGAACACCUUCUACCGAAUGCAGAUCGAAAUCCCCGAAGCGCGGCGGGAGUACUCCAUGAUGAUAACCUCCAUUUCGGAUUCGGUUGGCAUUGCGUUGGCCGGUAUUGCGGCCAUUCCCUCUCACAAUGCUAUCUGUGACCUACCGGUGCCAAAUCGGUUACAGUGAAAACCUGUAUUAUCAUGGCAUUUGCAUUUUCUGUAUAUAGAACUAACUUUAUACAAACUGAUAAUUACUGCAUAUUGUAGGAGACAAAUUUUCACUGUGCUGUGAAGUAACAAUAAAAGUUUAUGACCUACACAAUCUAAA